AUGGUUGCCGAGCUGCUCAAGGGCAGCAACAACGGGGCUUUGAGCCAUGGUGACGUGAAGAGGGUGGUGGCGAUCUACAAACAGACACCCAAGACGGUGAGCAAGUACUGGAAGCUGUACAACCAGAAGAAAGAAGCCGGGGAAGAAGAUCCCGACCUUCACAACAAACGUAAGGGCAACAGCGGCCAGAAGGGGCUGGACAUCGCCACUCUGAAGGAGGCGUUGCAAGACAUCCACCUGAAGAACCGCACCACGAUAAGAUCGAUUGCAGCCGCUUUGGGCAUUCCUAAGUCAACUCUGUUCGACAACCUCAAUAAUCUAGGCCUGCGAUCGUGCUCAAGGUUCCUCAAGCCGCUUCUUUCCGAUGAUUGGAAGGCGCAGCGGUUGGCAUGGGCGUUGAGAUGGGUUCGGUCCAGCGCCGGCGAUGCACACCUGGUCGGCGGGAACCCGGCACGGAACCCUCCGGCGUUGUACGCGGGUGUGGGAAGCGUUCCCCGUCCUGCUUUUAUUUUAUUUUGGUCGGUCUCCUCGACGCUCUUUCUCGUUUGGUGCGGUAGCUGGUAG